UUGUCUGCUUCCCAGACGCGCCAUUUCUCCGGCAGGCGGCCAAUCGUCUCCGGUGAUUUUGAGUUCCCGCGAGCUCGUCUUUCUUCCUCUUCUACUCCUUCGGUCUUAGCUCCAGAUCCUUCGACAAUGGCGGUAGCAGCGGCUUAUCUUUUUCUGUUUGCUUCCAUUCUGGCAUCUCUCUUAGCUGGUACUUCUCAAGCUCAACCAGUCUCCGAGCACAGCAGCAGCUUGAUCGGUCAAUUGCACGAAGCCAAGCUCAAGCUCGCGCGAUUAGAAUCUGAUUUCGAGCAAAUCGCCCGCGACGUGGAAGCUAGAGACCGUGGACUUGAGGAGAGCGGUAACCAGAUCGAGGAGAUGGAGAAGAAGCUCGUUGAUCUUCAGGCUGCUCACACGAAGCUCAAGGAUGAACUAUCAGCUGGAGAUGGAACCAUUAUUGCGCUGGAGAAAGAGAUACGGGAUCUAUGGGAUACGUUGAGGAAGAACAACUUCGAUAUCCAUGUCUUGAAAUUGAAAGCUGAAGAAUAUGAUACGUUUCUGGAUACACUUACUUCACAUGUUGAGAAGGUCGAGCAUUCUUACUCACUAAUCGUCUUUCUGAUUGCCAGGAGCAUUUUUAUGGCCUUUUCUCCUUUCUGCAUUGCUGAUGUUGCUGGUUUUCUUUUGUGGGUUGCCUGCCAGGCAGAAAAUAUCGUUGCAGAACGGUGGAUCCUGAUUCAGCAGUUUGAGCAGGCUCUUCAGCUCCUCGAUAUGAGGGUAAUGAAAGCUCGGAAGCAAAGGUAUUCAAGAUGCACAUUCUUGAAGUACAUAAAUGACCUGAAUGGAAAGCAUAUUUCGAAAGCAAUUCAAACUUCAAAGCGAUUUGGUGAAGAAUCUGGCUUCAGUUCCUACAUAUCCUCCACUCUCGAGCAGCUGAAGAGACUCUACUCAACAGUCAAAGAGUUUCACUUUGAGCUGCAGAGUUUAGUCAGGCAAAUAAUGGUAGACUACGAGUUUACCGAGUCUAUGGCCAAUGACGAGGUAGUGUUCUUCGUGGCAUCUGCUUUGCUUGUGUUCCCGGUAUUAAGUGCAUGGGUACUCCUAUCGUCUCACCUACUGUAGAGUCUGGGAAGAAAGUAUGGUCAAGCCAGGCCCACUCUCAAAACAGUGGAGUCCAUUUCGGGCACCUGAUCACCACCACAAUCUUUCCAGUUUCCAGUUUCCACAUCAUGCACACCACAGAAACUGCCUGAUCGUUUCUCAUCUUUUGCCACCUCGCCGUCGAACCGCACAAUGCAUGAGCCACCGCCGUGGGAGGAGAAGCUCAACCACACGAUCACCCACAUUCUAACGAGCCCGACCACCGCCCCGCCGCUCUACUCUCAAUUCCUCAUCGCCCAGCACUUCCCCUGCUACCUCAACUGGGACUACCCUCCAGUCCUCUGCCACCACCACGUCACCGCCGGCGGCCGUUUCCCUUCGCUCCUCCAGUGCCGGAGACCUCGUGGCGGAGCAAGUGUCCCUACCAGCAGCCGCCGCCGCUGGUUCUGGCGAGAGGGCUGGAGGAGGCGCGGUGGGGCGAGGAGGAGAAAAGGGAGUGUUUCAGGAAGAGGCUGAGAAGGAAGAAGCUGUUCAAUAACAUUCACCCUUUGAUCCCCGCCGUCGUUCCCAAUCUUUGUCUGCUGUCGUUCUUGGAACCCGUUUUCCCGAUGAUGAAUGAUAGACGAAGAAUGAAUCGUCGUCGUGUUUUGGGGAUUUUCUCCGGUUGCUACACACUUCUAUUGGGCUGGGCUUGACUCGUGUGUGGGGGUAAUGUUGCUCAGUAAUCAUUGGCAUUGCUUCACGGUAGUGUAAAGGCCCAUUGAAAUUUG